CUCUCUACUCGUUCUCUCUCCUCCCCCCUCUCUAUCUCUCUCUCUCUCUCCCCUGCGGCAACUCCUCUCUCCUCCAAUCCCAGGCGAAUUCCUCGCCCCCUUCCUCCAGCGCGUGCCCGGAGCCUCGUCUUCCCCGACCCUCCCGCCCUGAUUCGCCGCUCAGCGCUCCCCCCUUCCGCCGCAAAGGGGGGGAACUCAUGGCGAGGCUAGUGGCUCUGGCAUUGGCGGUGGCGGUGGCGGUGGGGGUCCUCGUCAUCGCCCGGGCGGAGGCGGAGCCGCGGUGCGCGCGUCGCGGCCGGAGCGCGCCGCCGCGGCCGCACAGCGUGACGAUCACCGAGUUCGGGGCCGUCGGCGACGGCGUCACCCUCAACACGGUGCCCUUCCAGAACGCCGUCUUCUACGUGCGGUCCUUCGCCGACAAGGGCGGCGCGCAGCUGUACGUGCCCAAGGGACGGUGGCUCACCGGCAGCUUCAACCUCACCAGCCACCUCACCCUCUUCCUGGAGAGUGGUGCCGUCAUCGUCGGCACACAGGAGGUGUCACAGUGGCCUGUUGCGGAACCUUUGCCAUCAUAUGGACGGGGAAUGGAUCUUCCAGGUCUGAGACAUCGUAGCUUAAUAAAUGGGCUGAAUCUAACUGAUGUUGUAAUUACUGGGAAUAAUGGAAUCAUUGAUGGCCAGGGUUCCACAUGGUGGAACUGGUUUCGCUCAAAUAAGUUGAACUAUAGCCGUCCUCAUCUUGUGGAGUUUGUGGAUUCUGAACAAAUUGUUAUUUCAAAUAUAACAUUCUUAAAUUCCCCUGCAUGGAGUAUACAUCCAGUGUAUUGCAGGAAUGUUGUGCUCAAUAAUAUCACAAUUCAGACUUCAUUGGAUGCUCCACUUAAUCAUGGAAUCGUUCCAGAUUCAAGCUCAAAUAUGUGCAUCGAAGAUAGCAACAUCAGCGUUAGCCAUGAUGCCAUCUCAUUAAAAAGUGGGUGGGACAACUAUGGCAUUACUUUCGGAAGGCCAACUUCAGACAUUCACAUUAGAAGAGUGAAUCUGCAAUCCCCGUUGGGUGCUGCCCUUGCAUUUGGGAGCGAGAUGUCUGGUGGGAUCUCAGAUAUUCAUGCCGAUCACCUCCGAAUCCACGGUUCAUCCAAAGGCAUCUUCUUCAAGACUGCACAAGGCCGCGGAGGCUAUAUAAGAGAUACCGUAAUUUCAGACGUCCAAAUGGAAGAUGUUAAUGUUGCCAUUGCAUUCACCGGUUCUUGGUCAAGUCACCCAGAUGACCAUUUUGAUCCAGCUGCACUCCCACUGAUUAAUCGAAUUACCCUGAAGAACAUGACUGGAACAAAAAUCUCGGUCGCCGGCGUUUUGUCAGGAAUCACUGGCGAUCCAUUCACCGGAAUAUGCCUCUCCAAUAUCAAUUUUUCCCUAGCCGAUUCGGCCAAUUCCACCUCCUGGUCUUGCUCCAAUGUUUCUGGAUACUCCAAGCUGGUACUUCCUGAGCCUUGCUUAGAUCUCCGGACUACACCUUCAAACUCCUCCAUCUGCUCUGCCCUCCCUAGCUACCAUGCCAUCGCAGUAGCAUAAAUGCAUAGAGUACAAAGUGUUCAUCCUUACCCUGUUUCAGUCCCUGUACAAUUCAGAGACAUCUAGCCUUUUCCUCCAAAUUCUUUCAAGCCAGGGCGUGCCGUCAAGGGAUCAUUCAUCGUUCCUACAAUCAGCUUCAAGGCUCAGAAUACAUUCCGCAUCGCCUUCUUGAGGAGCAAGUCCGUCGGGUGAUCAAUCGGCAUCGAGCUGUUGAUUUGCUUGUACAGUUAAAAUUUCUUCAUUCAAUCUGUAAGAAAAAUUUUUGUGGUAGGGGGUUGAGUCGGGUGAGUCCGGAGAGUUGCUUCAUACAGUUGUCAGAUUUGGUGGUAAAAAAUAAACACAUCAUGAGUUUCAUGAUCCAGGCACC